UUCUGAUCGUAAAGAUAGAGCAAAGUUUCAACAACUCCAGCCCAUAUUGCAAAAUACUCCAAGCUUAAAGCAACAGUCUUUUCAACUCUCCAAGUUGUCUCUGAUCAAAAACUCAAACACCCAAUUCCCGGAAAGCAAUAGCAAUGGCGACCCUGGUCGCAAUGCCCAGGAUGAGACUCAAAUUCACAUCCUUCCCUCCAUUUCUGGGCCAAUCCUACAGGCCCAGAAGACUCUCACUCUUCAAUGGCAGAAGGACCUUCUCAGUCUCGGCUUCUGCAACCCCAGACCAAGUACGUGUCCGCUUUGCUCCUUCUCCUACUGGGAAUCUCCACGUUGGUGGAGCCAGAACCGCCCUCUUCAAUUACCUCUUUGCCAGGUCCAAUGGAGGCAAGUUUGUUUUGAGAAUUGAAGACACUGAUUUGGAGAGGUCUACUAAGGAAUCUGAGGAGGCUGUGUUGCAGGAUCUCUCUUGGCUUGGUCUUGAUUGGGAUGAAGGACCCGGUGUGGAUGGAGAUUAUGGGCCAUAUCGGCAAUCAGAAAGAAAUUCUUUGUACAAGCAGUAUGCUGAGAAGCUUUUAGAGUCUGGUUAUGUCUAUCGUUGCUUUUGCUCUAGCGAGGAACUAGAAAAAAUGAAGGAGAUUGCAAAGCUGAAGCAACUGCCUCCAGUAUACUCAGGAAAGUGGACCAGUGCAACUGAUGAAGAAGUACAAGAAGAGCUGGAAAAAGGAACUCCUUACACAUAUAGGUUUCGUGUUCCAAAGGAAGGAAGUCUGAAGAUCAAUGAUCUCAUUCGAGGGCAGGUCAGUUGGAACUUGGACACUCUUGGAGAUUUUGUAAUUAUGAGAAGCAAUGGGCAACCAGUGUACAAUUUUUGUGUCACAGUUGAUGAUGCUACCAUGGCUAUCUCACAUGUUAUUAGAGCAGAGGAGCAUUUACCAAAUACUCUAAGGCAAGCGUUGAUAUAUAAGGCACUAGGAUUUCCAAUGCCUUCCUUUGCACAUGUAUCCUUAAUUCUUGCACCUGAUCGAAGUAAGUUAUCAAAAAGGCAUGGAGCAACUUCAGUGGGCCAGUUUAGGGAGAUGGGCUAUCUACCACAGGCAAUGGUGAACUACUUGGCACUGUUAGGUUGGGGUGAUGGCACUGAAAAUGAAUUUUUCACCCUGGAGCAGCUAGUUGAAAAAUUUUCAAUUGGUCGUGUCAACAAAAGUGGUGCCAUUUUCGACAAUACCAAGUUAAGGUGGAUGAAUGGUCAACACUUACGAGCUCUUCCAUCAGAGGAGUUGAAAAAGCGUAUUGGUGAGCAAUGGAAAAGUAGCGGUAUCCUUACAGAAUCAGAGGGUUCAUUUGUAGAAGAUGCAGUUGAGCUUCUUAAGGAUGGGAUUGAUUUGGUACCAGAUGCAGAUAAAGCACUCUCAGACUUGCUAGCAUAUCCUUUACAGGCCACUUUAACCAGUCCGGAAGCCAAACCUCUCUUAGAAGACAACCUGUCUGAGUUUUCUGCCAGUUUCAUAGCUGCUUAUGACAAUGGUGAACUCCUUGCCGCACUUGAAGAAGGCCAUGCUGGUUGGAAGAACUGGGUGAAGAGCUUUGGCAAAUCACUUAAGCGGAAGGGAAAAUCACUUUUCAUGCCCCUACGAGUGCUGUUAACAGGAAAGUUUCACGGCCCAGAUAUGGGGGCUAGCGUGCUUUUACUGCACAAAGCUGGAAAAUAUGGUGUUGUUACUCCUCAAACUGGGUUUGUGACACUGGAUGAGAGGUUCAACAAAUUGCGACAAGUUGACUGGGAAGCAUUAACCAAGGAUCAGCCUCUCCUGGAGACCGCAGAGGCAGUAUCAAAUUGAGAGUCAACAGUUUUGGACCGGCUUUUUUUCCCUCUAACACUGAUAUGAGCUGUUACACUUUGUCAUAUAUUUCAUCUGUUUUAUUACUUCUUUGUUUCUUGUUCCAUCAACACAUGAAGAUUUUAGCGUAAUAGAUAUAUCCGUGUUUUUGAUUGGCAAUA